GUCAGUGUGGGGAGGGGCCUUUGAGGCGGCGCCGCCGCCGCCGCCAUGGCCCAACAGCAGAUGAGCAGCUCGCAGAAGGCGCUCAUGCUGGAGCUGAAGUCGCUGCAGGAGGAGCCGGUGGAGGGUUUCCGUAUCACGCUGGUCGACGAGUCUGAUCUCUACAACUGGGAGGUAGCGAUUUUCGGGCCCCCCAACACUCUCUACGAGGGCGGCUACUUUAAGGCUCACAUUAAAUUUCCUAUUGACUACCCAUAUUCACCACCUACCUUCAGAUUUCUAACCAAAAUGUGGCACCCCAACAUUUAUGAGAAUGGAGAUGUGUGUAUUUCUAUUCUUCAUCCGCCUGUAGAUGACCCACAAAGUGGAGAGCUACCAUCUGAGAGGUGGAACCCUACCCAAAACGUCAGGACUAUCUUACUGAGUGUAAUCUCUUUGCUUAAUGAGCCCAACACGUUCUCUCCUGCCAAUGUGGAUGCAUCAGUCAUGUUCAGAAAAUGGAGGGAUAGUAAAGGAAAAGACAAGGAGUAUGCUGAAAUCAUAAGGAAACAGGUUUUGGCUACCAAAGCUGAGGCGGAAAAGGAUGGCGUGAAAGUCCCCACUACACUGGCAGAAUACUGCAUCAAAACUAAAGUGCCUUCCAAUGACAACAGUUCAGAUUUGCUUUAUGACGACUUGUAUGAUGAUGACAUUGAUGAUGAAGACGAGGAAGAGGAGGAUGCUGAUUGUUAUGAUGAUGAUGAUUCUGGCAAUGAGGAGUCGUGACCUGCUCUCUAUGCGGUUGUACUGCCCUGCCAACUCAGGCCAGAAGGGAGCAGCAGUAACCUAGCAGCAGUCCAGCAAAAAAGUGUGUUGAGGGGGAAGGGAUCAAAAAACUUUUGUCUCCUGCUGUCUCCUGUUGUAUGGAUCUGUUUGCUCCUUUUUUAUGGACUUUUCAGAGCCUCUCCACAGAAUGUCUGAAAUCUUGCAUUCUUAAUCUUUUCAUCACUGUAUUAUUUCUUUUCUUUUUUAAAAAGAAACUCCUUUUCACUUUAUGAAACACUCACAGCGAAUCAGAUUUGCUUGUGUUUAGAUUCUUGAAUUAAAUACAGUCUUGCAUUGAGAUGUUUAAUGUAUUUAAAGCUGGAACAAACCCAGUGGGCGCUGGGUUUUUGAGGAGCUCAAAUUCUGCUUUGUGUGGAUUUUUUCUUCCCUAGAAAAUGCAAAUUGCUGAGGUUUAGCUGCUCCGUUUACAGUAAUAGCAUGUGUACAUUCAUUUACCUUUGUGGUGAUAGCUUGUUUUGUGGUUUUUUUUUGUUUUGUUUUGUUUUUAAGGUGUGGGUAGGGAGUGUAAAGCUACUGUCUGUUGAAUUGGUGGGAUGUUACUGAAAGGUACAGUAUUCCUUUUUUAGCUUGCUCAAGACAGGAAAUAGCUGGCCCUUGGAGCCCCAGAGGGCACAAUUAGCUUUGUCUCUGAAAAAUGCUUGUCCUAUGAUCCCUCUACUAAACACUUAAAACUUCAUACCUGUACAACCCUAGGUUGCUAUUUAUUUAUUUUUCCCAGACUGUCAGGAUUAGAAAAUAAAACGUCUAGUUUACCCAUGCUGCUGAGACCUGCUGCCUCUCUCCAGAUGGAGAGCAGACAUGCAUCUCGCUGCUGUGAUGGCUGUCUUCUGUGGCCAGCUUUCAUCUCAACCUUGCUUUUGGCAAGGAUCUCUCUGAUGGCUUCCUACUCCCAUUCUCACUAGCAGCCAAGCUUCCUGCAGCCUGAAUCCAGUGCUGCCUUGAGCCUUUUUUACUCUUGCUUGUGUACAUCAUGUGUAGGUAAGUGCAACUGUACUGUAUGUGGGCUCUGUGGGGCAGGCAGAAGUCAGAGCUCCCUUUGGUGUUGCCUGCCCUGGACCUGGGAUGGCUGCAUGUGUAGUGGGCUCUCCCCUACCUUGCUGGCAGCCCCUGGGAAGACCAGUGGCAGGGUUUAUCAGACUUCUCAACAGUGUGCCUCAGCUGGUGCCCUUGCAUGUUUUUGGGAGUUAUUGGUGGAGCUCACAGCUCUCCCUUGGGCAAGGCCAUCCUGUAUGUAUUCUUCUGCAGAAUCCUCUUUCUCAGCACCCUGACCAUUUCGUGAUGUGGUGAUCAAGAUUGGCUGUGGUGCAGUGGCCUGAAUUCACCUUUAGGGUGAUAUCUUGAUUGGCACCUGUCCUGCCUUUGCCUGCUGAGCCCUGGCACUGUGUGUUGCCCUUGAGGGCUGAGACUCUCCCCUCCCACUCCUUAUAGAGGAGGCUGCCCUGAUGAGAAUUACUGCCUUCGGUGUUUGUGUCCUGCUUCAUCUGUCUCAGAGUUCUCAAUGGUACAGAACCAACUGCAGCAUGGUAGUGGGAACAAGCUUUGUCCUACAGUGAGGCUCCAGGGCCUGUGGAUAUGUCCCUGGAACAGAUGCAGAGGGGAGGAAAGCUGGCAAUGCUACAUGUGCAGCAAUGUGUACCAGAGGUAGCAAGGUUAAUGUUUGCAAAACACUGCACCAAUCAAUGUCUGGGUGGUCUUGCAGCUGCUAGGGAGGUAGGCACUGUGACAGUUUCCAUGGUGAUGUGCAGGCUGAAAAUAGCCCUGGUGGUGGCACCUUAUCCCUGAGGUCUGACCUGCUUUCAUAGUAUCCAAUUGGGCUGUGUUAGUGCAGUUUCUGCUCAUCUUCCCCUCCUGCCAGCAAAAUGAACAGUGUGGUGUAGUGCUGGAUGUGCUGCUGGCCUAGUUUGAAGUGAGGAUACUGCACCUUUCAGAUCUCCCUUGUACUUUUGCCUGUCUUCGCUAUAUAUUUUCAAGUGUGAUGUUGUAAGAUUAUCAUGAUUCUUCUAAUAACCUUUUUAAAGGACAAAAAAAAAUUUUUGAGAGCUCCUACAAUUACCCAAACUAAUUUCUCUUCUCCCUUCUCUCUCAUUCCUUGUUGACUUGCUGUUUUUUUUUUAAAAUAAUUUCAUGCUUCAGUUUG